GUUUGUUGAUUAACAUGUGUCUAAUCUGGCGUAAAAUAUUCGCUAUCGCGGUUUGGCUCAGCUUGACCGGGGCGCAAAAUUCUAGACCCUCACCCAAGGAAACAUCAUCGGUACUGCGUAAAGCUCCCCCACCCCUGAUUAGGGACUGCUCCGAAGCCAACCCGAUUGCAUCCGGUGUUUACCGGAUGCAAUCGAUUCCGCAAACGCAGCCAUAUCCGGUGCUGUGUGUCCGAAAGGCUGCUGACCCGGGUCCCAGCUGGACGGUGAUUCAGCAGCGGUUCAAUGGUUCGGUGGAUUUUUUUCGUAAUUGGCAUGAUUAUCGGGACGGGUUUGGGAACGUCGCUGGCGAAGGUGAAUUCUGGCUGGGAUUGGACAAGAUUCACGCCUUCACGGCGGCGGCCCCCCACGAGCUGCUGGUUGAGUUGACGGGCUUCGAUGGUGCCUACUGGUAUGGGGCUUACAGUUUGUUUGAAGUGAGCAGUGAACGGGAAGGUUUUGCACUGAAGAAGCUGGCCGGAUUUCGUGGAAGUGCAGAUUGUUUGUCCGCUCAUUUGGGACAAAAGUUUAGCACGUUCGAUAAUGAUAACGAUGGGCUUUCGGGACAAAAUUGUGCGGUUCGGCAUGACGGUGCCUGGUGGUACGAUCAAUGUUACACGGGGGGUUCAAACUUGAAUGGAAAAUUCGCCACAGAUUUUGCUGAAAAUACCAUCAACUGUUACGUGAAAAACGUGUACAAGGAUCUCAGACAAACACGUCUUAUGAUACGAAAAGUGUAAACAAUGUAGUUAAUAAAAACAAGUUGAGUUCAAUAACUAGCACAUAUUUUGAAAACUCAGCAGAACCAUAACUGGUGUAAGUUUGCAACCGCUGGCCUCUAAACCUCCAACUGAAACUGUCAUGUGUAAUGACUGUGUCGUGGCUGGCUAUACACUUGACUCAAACGGCGAGCAGUUUUAUCCUCUUCCGGAAAGCCAUCGCAAACAAAGUUCACUCUUGGUGUGGGUGCGGUUGGUUGUGUCUGCUUGUUGUUAGACGAGGGUGAAGACGAUGGUGAUGACGUGUAUUCACAAGCUAAAAAUCUGUGCAAACAAACUUUGGAACUGCUUCCCAUUGAAAACCAGUAUUUGGUGCGUCAAGUGUCACGAGUUGAUUGGUGCUGGGGGACUUCCCCUUGGCUAUAGUUUGAGAAAAUUCCCCCUAGCACCAAAUGCACUCGAAUUCAAAAGUUGUGGGAUACAGAAAAAAUCGAUUACCCGCCAAGUCGAAGCUAGUCGUCAAUUAAGUCGAAUUAAAACUGUAUUACCCUACAAGACACUGUGCGCUAGCGGUCAUUAGUUUUAUCUCGAAAACCCAAGCUAUCUUUACUACCUUUUUCAGACUGCCGCCUAGCAGCAAUAGGUUCGUUCCGUUUCGCGGUUGAAGUACUUUAUUGUGGAUAACAAAUUGUUUUAUGGCGCACAACCUGCACCUUUCCUGAUGGGCUGUAUUAUUUCCUUUGUGUGCUGCAGCCGGUAAAAGACGCCACCGAACAACGACAAUCCGCAAACAUUCGAAUCUUUCGUCGUUAGGUAAGGAUUUGCCCUCGUGGCUAAUUCAAACGCGCACGAAUCCUCGGUGUCAUCAGAUUUUGCUUUUCCCGUACAUGCAGCAUAAUCAAGAAGGAUACCCUCAGCUCGGAAACUCUCUCGAACUCACACUCACACAUAAACACACACUUCAUAAAACCGAUAUUAUGCAAAUGAGUGGCGAAUGCGGUUCCGAGAGUUCCCCAUAUCCUUUUACAUUGCGGAAUCAUCCACCGAGAAGAAGUGACAGCAGCCCACAGUGGACCCACAGCACAGCACUGCACAGCAAAUGUAAGCACAGAAUAUGGGAAAAUUCUAAUGCAUGAUCAUGAAGUUAUAAGCUAAGCACUUGAAGUUCGACCCAAUCCGGUUCGGUCCCUCCGGAGGGGCAGCCGAAAAAGAAUAUUGUCGGUAUGUUCAUGAGCCACCCCGGCAAGGACACCGUUAGACUCUCUCUCCGGUCGACGUACAGAAACUAGGAAUAAAUUACGGAUCGGAUUAAGCGGUU